GAGCGUGCGUGAGUGAAAUGAGGAAGUGAAUCACCAUCAUCAUUGUCAUCAUUGCAGUUGUGCCCUGCGCUCUUUAAACUUGCCCGGGCAGUCGUCGCGCGCUCCAAUCACCGUUGAGUCGCCGCAGGUUUUACACACGAGACCGCGUCUGGCUGCGCACCAUCCAAGCAGGAAGGGAACUCAACUUGCAGCGACCCCCCCCCCCCCCAUCAUCGGCGAGUUCCCUUCCACGCGAGAGGCAGACAACUUGUUAUCACGCCGUGCGGAGAGAAACUCAACAAAAGUUACUUUGACGCCGAAGACCGCUCUAAACGUCGCUGACAAGCGAUCUCCAAACCAGGCCCGGGCCUCUACACUUUUCACCAAUAGGCACUGACCAGCACGGCUUCAUCAUGAAUGCACAACUCCUCUUCCUAUUCAAGUCACUCUUCUGGCUGCUCGUGUUCCUGGGGAGACCAACUACACAGCAGCAGCAGCAUCACCAGCGGCAGCAGCACGGGGUGAAACUGGGCUCCAUCCUUAAAGGCAAGGCUUUCACAACGGUCUGGAACGCCCCCACAGAGUUGUGCAGCAAGCGCUACAACAUCAGCCUGGACCUCAACGUCUUCGACAUCGUCAUCAACCCCAACGAGUGCUUCUGCGGAGACAACAUGACCAUCUUCUACCACACGCAGCUGGGUUACUACCCAUACAUCGACGAGCACGGGGCACUGAAAAACGGCGGCGUUCCGCAGAGCGGUGACCUCGCGGGGCACCUGGGCAAAGCACGGGAGGACAUCCGCGCGAAAAUAAAAGGCAAGGAUUUUGAGGGCCUGGCUGUCAUCGACUGGGAAGAGUGGAGGCCUCAGUGGAGCAGAAACUGGGGCAAGAAGGACGAGUACAGGAAGGAGUCCAAGACAAAGGUGAAGCACGCUCAUCCGAGCUGGCCCGAAGACCUCGUGGCCAAAGAGGCGCAGAAGGAGUUUGAUAAGUCCGCGCGAGAUUUCAUGGAGCAAACGGCGCGGGUGGGGCAGAGCGAAAGGCCGGGCGGUCUCUGGGGCUACUACCUCUUCCCGGACUGCUACAACUACGACUACAACAAGACGGGGCCAGAGUACACGGGCCAGUGUCCAGACGUGGAGCGUGUGCGGAACGACCAGUUGCUCUGGCUUUGGAACAGCAGCACGGCCCUCUACCCGUCCAUCUACCUGGAGAGGCCGCUCAAGUCCACGAAGUACGUGCGCAAGUUCGUUCACCACCGCGUGAAGGAGGCCAUGCGAGUGGCCAGCAUGCCCAAGCCCGGUUCCAUCAUUCCCGUCCUGGUCUACGCACGGAUUGUCUACACCUACACCCUCGACUUCCUCUCGCAGGUGGAUUUAAUGCAUACCGUUGGAGAGACUGUUUCUCAGGGAGCAUCUGGGAUCAUUCUCUGGGGAGACCACCUUUAUGCCAAGUCUGCGGACAACUGCCGGGCGGUGAAGGCCUACGUGGACGACAUCCUUGGGCCGUACCUCAUCAACGUGACUGCCGCCGCCAAGCUGUGCAGCGAGGCCCUGUGCGAGGCUCACGGGCGCUGCGUGCGGAAGCACCCGUCCUCCACGGCCCACCUCCACCUGAACCCGGCGAGCUUUCGGAUCGCGCCCCCAGAGGCCUCCGCCGACCGCCGCCGCGGGAGAUGGCAGGACCGGGUGGUCGGCCGAUUGCACCGCAGCGACGUACGUGCCAUGAAGGAGGCGUUCCGGUGCCAGUGCUACGCGGGGUGGGAGGGGGCUCGCUGCGAGCUGCCCAUGGGUCGAAAGAGAAUGAGCGCCUGCCACGUGGCCCUGCACAACUGCUGGGUGGUGGGACUGCUGCUGUUUCUUUUCCUCGCAAUGUAGGUCGCUCGCUCGCCCGCCCGCCCGCCCGCCGUGUCGCGAUGCACUCAGUUUACACGGGCGUGCCCCGCAACGAGUGCGGGUGUGUGUGAGUCCUCCACACCUAUAAUACUAUAAAUACGUAAAGUAAAAGGUACAACGGUGCGGUCUGCAAUUGUGUAAUCGCGCAACUGCUCGUGGAAGGGUCUCCACCGCAGGGAGCCCUAACGGGUGUUUUGGCCAACUCUUCCACAAUGACCGGAUGUCUUGGAAGAGGUGGAAGUGCCCACACUUUAGCCUACCACGCUGCUGAAUGACCAGUUGUGUCAAUCCUCGGCUAAACUGCUGGGUGGGAGAUUUCAUAAACCUGCUGCGCCGGGAGAUCAAACCAGAGACGUCCGGAUUGCAUGUCCGGUGUGCUAACCGUUACACCACAGCACAUCAUGCAAGUGAAGUACUUGAAUGUGUAUUUAACGAAAAAGCAAUCUGAAGGGAACGUUUACAUCUGCAGUAUUUUCACUCGCCACAGCUUUCAACUAUCUUGACACAAGAGACAAUGUAUAUUAACAGGCCAAUCUGUGACUUGUUGAGGCCAGAGGCACGGUGCAUAUAAUUAAAUUCAUCUUUAUAUGUGUUAACAGCUCUCAAUAUCAUGCUAUUGGGUACUGAUAUAUAAACAUUAUGAUGCCUGCGUGCAGAUGUGUAGCAUUUCAUAUUGAAUAUAAAUGUGUACUAACUUGUAUAAAUAUUACAAUUUAGCUGUAAGUGUAUAAUCAUAGACACAAAUAUUGGUGAAAAGAUUGUGGGAAUUAUUGACACUUUUAUAAAUGUAGAUUGCAAUAUGUAUUAUAAUCCUAAUAGAAAUUGCCUGCUUUCAAUGAUGUGUGAAACAUGUUUUUUUUCUAGUUUGCCAUUAUAAGAAUAAAGUUUGUGAACAUUU